GAUUUUAUCACCUGGAAUUUGAAUAAAUCGCAUGCUUAUUUUGUGGGGUUGUCAGAUCCAGAGGGUCAGAGACAUUGGCAAUGGAUUGAUCAGACACCAUACAACGAAAAUACCACGUUCUGGCAUCUAGGUGAGCCCAACAGGGUCCAAGAGCAUUGUGUUGUGUUAAAUUAUCGUAAACAAUGGGGCUGGAAUGAUAUUUUUUGUGCUCAUGUUCAAAGCACAAUUUGUGAAAUGAUGAAGAUCUACUUAUGAAUCAAACACCUUUUUUCAUGGACAUGUUAUUGGAUUCAUGUCCAUUAUUCUAGAGAUAACUAUUAAGUUCCUCUUUAUGUGAAAGA